CUGUGAAAGUAUUGUUUGCUAUAUAUAGGGGACACAACAUUUGAUAACAUAAAAAGAACAAAAAAAAAACUACUGAGAUGGUGAACCUUUCAACAGCUCUGAAUCCAAUUCUCCAAUCCCUUUUGAAAUUCUAUGGGUUAAGAUCUCAAACCAUAGAAAUCCAAGCAGGGACAGUGGUUCACUUCUGGGCACCUAACCACAUCAUCGAAACAUACAAAAACCAAGCCAAUCAGGUUAUUAAAUCUUCCAACCAUGUUGAAAAGCCUACUCUAGUGUUUCUACACGAUUUUGCGGCCACAGGAGUUCUGACGUGGCUGCUUCAAAUCAUGGCAUUUGAGAGCACGCAUGAGGUUUUCGUGCCAGACCUUCUCUUCUUCGGCGGUUCCACCACCGACCGCACUGAGCGAUCACCGGUGUUCCAGGCCGAGUGCCUGACAAAGGGGCUUAAACUGUUGGGGGUGAAACGGUGCGCGGUGGUCGGAUGCAGCUACGGCGAAAUAGUGGGAUCGAAGAUGGCGGCCAUGGAGCCGGAGUUCGUCACAUUUUUGGUGCUGUCGAACUCCAACUUUGCCAUAACCGAGUCUCAGAGCGAAGAAGCUUUCAAUAGGGUUGGGGUCAGGUCGUGGCAGGAGUUGAUGCUCCCUGAAACCGUCGAGGGUUUGAAGAAGCUUCUUGGUGUUGUCGUUUAUAAGCGACCCUGGUUCCCGGAUUGGGCUUACAAGCACUUUUUGCAGGUCAUGUUCGAUAGUAGAAAAGAGAGAGCUGAGCUUUUGAAGGCUCUUGUAAUAAAGGACAAGGACUUUGUCAUCCCCAACAUUUCUCAGGAAAUCUAUUUUGCAUCUGGCGAGGAAGAUAAGAUUUUUACCGUUAAAAUAGUCCAGCAAACAAAAUCGUAAUAAAUACAUAAUAAUAUAUGAGCAUUUAUGACCGUAUAAAGAAUCUCCGAGUCUUUUGGGAUCCUUCACUAUACGUCAUGAUCAGGCUUCUGCGAGCUGAACACUUCCUUCGAGUUGGGUGUCGCAGAACUUAUCUGAACUGACACGGGUCGCGUUUAGAUUUUCAUGAAGGCGAUUUGGCUAUUGUGCGACUUGAACUAAGUUAUUGGCGCAAGAGGCGAUCUGGAGACUACCUGGUCGUCGUAAGGUGUCAAGUUUGACUCGAGCUGCUCACUCCAAAGCUAGCUAGAUGCUCUAUCUGUACGCUUUCUUCAUAUGCUUGUCUGCCAGCUGUACCCCGUGCUGAGGAAUUCAGCUCGUAUUUUUGAAGUACAAUAGAUAUAGUAUUAUUAUUAUUUAUGAUAUUCAAAAUACUUCUUUUAGUAUUAAUUAAUUUAAAGAAAUGUGAAUAUUUGAUAUAACAAAUAAAGGAUAAUAAAGUAAUAUAAUCCCAUAAAACUUUCACAUUGUAUA